AUGUCAAGACCCGAGCAUAUCGCACCUCCGGAAUUCUUCUACAAUGAUGAAGAGGCAGGCAAAUAUAACAGCAAUACUCGUAUCCAGUCUAUCCAAGCUGAGAUGACGGAGCGCGCAAUUGAACUACUUGAUCCUGAAGGCCCUUCCUUGUUAUUGGACAUCGGAUGUGGGUCUGGAAUUUCAACAAGUAUAGCUGAAAGUUACGGCCAUGUUGCUGUUGGAAUGGACAUUUCUCCGUCGAUGCUUUCCGUUGCCUUGGAGUCCCAAGAAGUUGAAGGUGAUAUGCUGCUGGCUGAUAUGGGAAAUGGAGUCCCCUUUCGUGCAGGAACCUUUGAUGGUGUUAUUUCGAUCUCUGCAAUUCAGUGGUUGCUAAACGCCGAUAAGACCUGCAAUGUGCCUCAGAGACGAUUAAAUCGCUUUUUCGAGACGCUGUACAGCAGUAUGAGACGUGGAGGCCGAGCGGUUAUGCAAUAUUAUCCCGAAAGCGACCGCUCCCAGCAAAUGAUUCUCGACACAGCGAAGAAGUGCGGAUUUGCAGGUGGUAUGGUCGUUGAUCAUCCAGAAUCGAAAAGACAGAAAAAGUUUUAUUUGAUUCUACAAGCCGGUGGAAUGCGGACAUUGAAUACAAGUGAAAUGUCAAUUGAAGACGAAAAAGUAGUCGCUAAAAAGCGCAAAUUGAAACGGAAGCACGAUAUGAGCACUCGUGAAUAUAUCGUUCACAAAAAGGAUUUGAACCGUAAACGUGGUCGGCUUUCCGUGCCCAAAGACUCCAAAUACUCUGGACGUCGUAGAAAGGCUGCAUUUUGA